UAAGCUGGGAGAGUGCAACAGAGCAAGCUGUGUUCGGUUUAUCUCUGUGAGAGGACGAUGGUUGUGUGUGUCUGUGUGUGAGUGUGUCUGUGUGUGUGUGCGCGCGCGUGCGGACAUGUGUGGGCGUGAUGGUGACUCUCACAGUGCUGCGGCUAACGUAGCGAGCUGAGCUGCUGGAUGAGCGGAGGGGAGAGAGGGAGGGAGCGAGAGAAGCCAGAGAGAAGGAGGGGGGUGCUGUUCGCCUUCCCCCCGGAGCUCGGCGGCGAGGAAAGCAGGAGUGGCGCGAGCUGGAGAUUUUGGUCCUUUAAGAAAGCAGUGGGCCUGGAUCUUUGAGGCACAAGGUCUUUUUUUUUUUUGUCUUGACUCCUAAUUUGGGAUUUGUUCGAGACACAGAGAACGCCUCUGAAACGUUACCUUGAUUGGAAAGGGAUCUCCUCACUGUGAUAUUAAGACAAAAGAUGUCUGAUUCCACGGUUAAUGCUCACUUGGAGGGAAUAAUAUCAGAUUUUGAAGCUCUGAAGAGGUCCUUUGAGGUGGAAGAGGUGGACCAGUCGGCACAUUCCUCUCCCCUCGCCCGCAGAACGGUGAACACGCACCUGCGGACGGCCGGCACCCCCUCCGGCCCCCGCUUCCUCGAACUGGGAAGCCGCAAUUCCGAUUUCAGCCAGAAGGUGCCCUCGGAGGUGCCCAACCAGCGUUCCCCCAAGAUCAGCCUGCGCCGCAUGGAGCUGACAGGGGGCCGUGCCCCCGAGCCCGUCCCCCGGCGCACAGAGAUCUCCAUCGACAUAUCCUCCAAACAGGUGGACAGCUCCCCCAGCCCCGGCAUCUCCCGCUUCGGCCUGAAGAGGCCGGAGGCCCCCGCCCUGGGCAAGGCCCCCGAGCUAGCACAGAGAAGGGCGGAGCUUAUCUUCAGCAGGCCUCAGGAGGCCCCGCCUCCCAGGAGAGCCGAUCCGCCCCCUUCAGCUGCCAGGAUCCCCGAGCUGGUCCACAGGAAACCUGAGGCACCAGGUCCCCUGGAACCGCUGACCCGGAGGUCCGAAAUCCACAUCACCAAAACUCCAGAGGUUUCGGCUCUGAACAAGGUGGCUGAAAACAAUGUACACGUGACCCCCAGCGUCCCACCCAGCUACACAGAGAUCAAGGCUCCGCCCUCUGCACCUGAGGUCUACAUCGGGGGCCCUGACAGGUCAGAGGUCACGUUGAGCAGCGCCAUGUCGGAUCCCGCCAAGCCAUCCCUGCCACCGGUGCGUGCGGACAAGCCCGGUGCCGACUUCAGCUAUGUGGGCAUCGACGCCAUUCUGGAGCAGAUGAGGAGGAAAGCCUUGAAGAAGGGGUUCGAGCUCAACAUCAUGGUAGUGGGACAGAGUGGCCUUGGCAAGUCGACGCUGAUGAACACCCUCUUCAAGUCGAAGGUGAGCCGCAGGUCCACGCAGGCACCGCCAGAGGAGAGGAUCCCCAAGACCAUCGAGAUUAAGUCUGUCAGUCACGACAUAGAAGAGAAGGGCGUGAGGAUGAAGCUGACGGUCAUCGACACGCCGGGAUUCGGGGACCAGAUCAACAACAAGAAUUGCUGGAUGCCCAUCAUGAAGUUCAUCAACGACCAGUACGAGCUGUACCUGCAGGAGGAGAUCAACAUCAACAGGAAGAGGAGGAUCCCGGACUCGCGCGUGCACUGCUGCGUCUACUUCAUCCCUCCCACGGGUCACUGCCUGAGGCCCCUGGACGUGGAGUUCAUGCAGCGUCUCAGCAAGGUGGUGAACAUCGUCCCCGUCAUUGCCAAAGCGGACACGCUGACGCUUGAGGAACGGGACUUCUUCAAGCAGAAGAUCCGGGAAGACCUGCGAGCCCACGGGAUCGACGUGUACCCGCAGAAAGAGUUUGACGAGGACGCGGAGGACCGGGCGACCAACGAGAGGAUCAGAGAGAUGAUUCCCUUUGCGGUGGUGGGGAGCGACCAGGAGUACCAGGUCAACGGGAGGAGGCUCCUGGGAAGGAAAACGAAGUGGGGCACCAUAGAAGUUGAGAACACAGCACACUGCGAGUUUGCGUUUCUGCGCGACCUGCUGAUUAGGACCCACAUGCAGAACAUCAAGGACAUCACCAGCAGCAUCCAUUACGAAGGGUACCGCGUCCGCAGGCUCAACGAGAGCAACGCGCAGAGCAACGGCAUCGCUGAGCACGACGUGUCAGCCAGUGAGAUCUAGAUGGCUGCCACCCCCCCCCCCCCCCCAUUGACCACCCUGUUACUUGCCCCAUGUGACCCCACAACUCCCCUCCAGUCCCACCUCACUCUAUCCUGACUGGCUGGCCCAUCACAUCAGUGCCCAGUUCAUUUGUACCCCCCCCCCCCUUCCGGGUGCAGAACAUCUCUGAUUCGUUCUUUUGACAUGCGGCCUGACGGUUCUGCACUGCUAUUCCUUAAAAGGGCGUCGCGCUUCGGACCCCCAUUGGGCCAUUAAGCCUGUGUUUAACUGCCCCCAGCAUCCCGUUCCGCUGCGAAUCUGUUCUUGUGGCUGAGCUGCCACAACCUACCAGCAGGGGGCAGGGUAGACCACGGGAGCUGUAGGUCCAGAGGGGUGUUGCCGAUGACGACGACAGUGCGCUGCUUUCACGCAGCCUGUAGUGAUGGGUGCAGUACUUGUAGUACACCCCCCCCCCCCCCCCCGAUUUGGUAGGUGCCAAUUAACCUUUGGGAAUGGGGCAUCUAUCAUAUGGCUAACAAUAAGUCUGGAAACCUUGUCGUUUACAAGCCGCCCAGGAAGCGGGUGACGCAGUUUCAGAGACGUGCGGAUUCUCCUGGGGACGGGGCUUUAGGGGCUCUUUAGCAGAUGGGUGUGUCAGUAUAGAGAUGUUGUUGUUUCUGGUCUUAUUGUUGUUUUGUUUUUGCUACCGUUUAACGAGCACAUCACCCACCGGGACCCCAGGCAGCACGUAGAAAGAUGAAUGGGUCGCGAUCCCAGUCAGCACCAGCAGUGUGUAGCGACCUACUCCUCUCUUAGCGGUUCCUUGUUUUAAUUAAACCCUGCCCCCUUCAUGCCAAAUGGUUUUGUAUGCUGCUUUUGAACCUGACCUUUCUUACAGUUACAUUUAUCAUCGUUUUUAUUGUUUAUUUUUGGAGGGGCUCGAAUGGAAUCCUGAUUUGUCCAAUUCCUGUGGUUUCUGUGCCUUAUGUAGAGCAAAUUAGUGGUCUUCCUGUUCUAAAGACAGCAGAUAUGGGAUUGAUAUGGAUAAAAUAUUUAUGUUUAUCAAAGGAUAAGUAUGUACUCCUAAUUCCGACAUCCCCUCCCCCCCUCCUUGGCAGGAACAGCCUUAACUGGGUGGUAUCAGUAUUUCGGUCUAAUUCUCUUUAUUUAUUGGCUCUCAGAGGCGCCAGCAGCUUUGUCAUUGGUUGGAGAAGAGUGACGUGUCAGUGACAGCCACCAGUCAAUGAAAGCCGUCUGCGUUUUGGAGGCUGCCUAUUGGCUGCCUUGUGGCGUGUCAGCCUCCCCAGCCUGUGCUCCCACACUGACGGUUUCUCCGCAGGCCCCGACUUGUAGGCUUUCCUGUGGGCCCUUAUCCCCCCCGAAAAUGCUUCGGGGUUUGGGGUUGGGGGACAGGCCGUGUCUGGUGACGUUGGGCAGGACCGUCAACGCGGGUUUCCCACAAUCCCCUGCUCCGGAGAUGCCAGUGGGGAUGCCUUCUCGGCUGUUCGCUCCCCAAGCAUUCAGCGUGUGUUCAUUUGGAUUGAACACCCAUUUUUAUAUUACCCACGUCUCCACCCCCGCUCGGCAUUUAUGGGGGGGGGGGGGCAUUUAGGUUUUGCCAAAAUUGUGCUGCCGAGACCUUUGACAGAAAGAGGGGAAGCAGCUAAAAGCAGGAGUGCUGGGGUGAUGCUCUGUACGUGGACAAAGAGGGCGGGGCUCUGUGCUGUUUACACCUCUGUGGUUUUAUUAUCAGUCUUUUCUCCUGCCUCCCGACUCCUUUGAGGAUUUUAUCUCUUCCCCCCCCCCCCACUGCUUUGUCCACUGAUGAUCUAAUUGUAAAGUCCUUCCUCCUAAUAAUCGACAGCUGAACUUAAUGAAAGUAAGAUUUUGUUUAUGCUACGCAGGACCUAAGAAGGAAUGUUUUAUGUCAUUUGUGUCUGCAAACUGAAAUGUAUUAAAGAAGCAAUAAACUUAUUCACAUAUUUUGCUGCA